ACAAAAAUUUUGCUGCUCACACGAACUUUCAGUUUUGUUUACAUCUGGAAAACGUUUUUGUUCUGUGAAGGAAAUCCUUGAGGAAAUCAUUUUGCCAGGAGAAAGAUGGAAGAGGAAAAAGGUAGUCCGGGAAAGCGUGUGAGAUCCCGCAAGAAACUCAUGUACAACAGCAUCCGGAAACAGAUGGAAUUCUACUUCAGUGAUGCCAAUAUCACCAAAGAUCGAUUCCUUGGACAAUUGGUCAUGGAAGAUCCUUAUGUUCCAAUUGAGGUGUUUCUGUCCUUCAAUCGGAUGAAGCAACUGACAGAUUCUACAAAGGACAUUGUGAAAUCCCUGGCCAAAUCCCAAUUGCUGCAGUUGUCUGAGGAUGAGAAGAAAGUUCGCCGGAAGACAAAAAUCAACUGGAACAUUGAUUCAGACGGCUGUACGAUUUAUGUUGAAGGAUUGCCGUCGAAAGCUGAUCAUGAAUGGAUGAAGAAUGCCUUUAGCAGUUACGGGAAUGUGGUUUAUGUCUCCUUGCCGAAGUAUUCAGGAAGUAAGAGAAUUAAACAAUUUGGUUUUGUUGAAUUUGACUGUUCCGGGAGUGUGGAGAAGACAUUGAAGGCAUUUCAGAAGUUUGGAGGGGUUCUUAGUUCAGAAAUGGAUCCUGCUGGGCUCCAGAGUGUCGUGUCGUUUAACCUGGAGCAGAAGGAGAAGGCUGAGGGGGCUGAGGGAGAGGAAAAAGACGCUGCGGUGGAAGAAGAGGAACCUCCGAAGAAGAAAUUGAAAGUGGAAGAGGGAGAGUCUGAGGAAAAGGCAGAAGCUGAAGAGAUUGAGGGUGAAAAUGCCCAGGAAUCGGCACAGGAGGAUGAAAAAGUCGAUGAAGGAGGCAAGGAGGACAAGAAAACCCAUCGUCGGAAGAGGCACAAGGCCAAGAAGAAGUCUUCCGGAGAAAGGGAUUCAAUCUUCGAUCUGAAGAUCAUGACAAAGAAGGAAUGGAAGAGAUUGAGGAAUAAAUAUUUGAAUCUUCAGCGAGAAAAGUUCCGGGAGGCAAAGAUUGCGCUGCAGGGUGAAGCUAAUUGUCAGCGAAAUGCCCAGAGAUCGCCAACAUUGACAAUCUCUUCCAAGUCACCCGGAAGCAUGAAUUUCUACGGGGAAUCGAAGCCAGUGGCAAAUACGGGAAUCUCCAUGGAGAAAGGAUUGAUACUGGAGCUGAAACUGGCUGAGCCCCUUGUGGACGUAAAGGAUUUCAAGGCAGAACUGCGGCAGUAUGACUUUGUCAAGUACGUGGAUGUCAAGGAGGGCACAAUGGCAGCUUACGUGAGAGUAGACACUCCAGAGGCAGCCGAGGAACUCCAGAAACGCUACACAGAUCCCGAGAGACAAGCUACAAUCCUUUCCGGCGACGCUGAGGCUGCAUAUUGGCAGAAAAUUGCCCAGGAUCGCGAUGCAAAGAUCAAGAAAGUGAUCAAGGUGGAAAAACCCAAAAGAGGCCGCGAGAAGAUCAAGAAGAAAAUCAAUCAACACAUUUUCUUCGGUCAGGAUGACGACAAGGAAUAAAAACAAAAAAAAGAAAAAACAGGGAAAAAGUUCACUUCCAGAGCAUCUCUCUCUCCAAAACUGACUCUGUAAAUACCUCAGCGCUGAAUAAACUCCCAAGAUAAUGCCUAA